AUGCCAAACUAUUCUAAGUUCCUUAAGGAAAUCUUGAGUGGAAAAAGUGAGUGUAUUGAGGUUGACUCGGUGAAGAUUGGGGAGUGUUGUAAUGAUCUUAUCGAUAAUGACUUACCCAAGAAGAUGAAUGAUCCGGGCAAUUUUCCAAUACCUUGCAACAUCAAUGGAAAAGUGUUUCAAAGUGCUCUUUGUGACCUUGGUGCUAGUGUUAGCAUAAUGCCAUAUUCUGUCUUCAAGAAGCUUAAGCUAGGUGAGCUCCUCCCAACCAAUAUGACCCUACAAUUGGCCGACCGUUCUUUUAAGUUCCCCAAGGGUAGAAUUAAGGAUGUCCCCCUUAAGCUAGGAGAGUUCACUAUCCCCGUUGACUUCAUUAUGCUAGAGAUUGCGGAAGAUGACAACAUUCUUAUCAUUCUAGGGAGACCACUUCUAGAAAAUUCGGGUGCCUUGAUAGAUGUGAAAGGUGGCAUUAUUACUUUGUGUGUUAGUAAUGAUUCGACUAGUUUCAAGCUUAAACCAAUGCAUGAAUCUCUUUCUUUUGUGCAAGGAAUUAUGUGCAUUAAUUCGCUUCAUUUGAAUGAUAUUUCUUGCACUCUUUCAUUGUCUACUAGUGAUGUCAUUGAAGUUUGUGACAAUGUUUCUAUAAGCAUUACUAGCAAAUUGGUUAGUGAUGACAAGAAAGAGACCUCUAACUUUCUCUUUUCAUUUUAA